GAAACGGAUGUCGUAUCUGCAACUUCGGCUUCUCCCUUGAAGUCUCCGUCAAGCUCUAUCCUGCGUAAAGGAUCUCAUGCUCCAACUCCCACGAAAACGAGCGAGCCUCUCAAGAAGCCGGAACGAGCAAGCGCAUUACAGAAGGCAUCAGCUGCUAAGGAUGAGCCUAAACGAGGAGUUAAGGCCGUCAAAGCCUCUUCAACGCCUUCUAAGAAGCCAAGGAAAAGGUCCAUGAUCGUAGAUGAUGACGAAGAUGAUGAGGAAGACGACAAUGAAGAUGAUGCGGAUUUCGUUGUUGGUAAGGAUUCAGGCAGUCAUGAUGCUGAUGAGGAGGAUGAGGACGAAGCAGACGAGGAGGAAGAAGAAGAAGAGGAAAAACCGGCUGGAAAGAGGAAGCGGGGUAAGGCCGGACCUACCACGAAGAAGGCUACGCCGUCGAAGCCUCAGCCUGCAUCUGCUGCUGAGGCGAAAGAUACUGGAGGUCGAGGAAGAGGAGGUGGUGGGGGUAGAGGCGGUGGUGAUGCUGGAGGGGGUCGAGGUGGGGGUGGAGGCCGAGGAAGAGGCUGGGGAGGCAGAGGUGGCUUUUUCGGGGAAAGAUCCGCUCCCCCACACAAAGGAGAGAAGGAAGUACCUGAAGGUCCCGAAAAUGCUUUGACGGGGAUCACUUUUGUUAUCAGUGGCACUCUUGACAGCUUGGAGAGGGAGGAUGCAGAGGACUUGAUCAAGAGGCAUGGUGGUCGGAUCACCGGCUCUGUCAGUGGAAAAACGACCUACCUCCUCGCUGAUGAAGACAUUGGAGGCAGAAAGUCUACCAAGGCUAAAGAGCUUGGGGUGAAGUUCCUCACAGAGGAUGGCCUCUUUGACCUUAUCCGUGCUGCGGCAAAGAAGCAGCAAUCUGCACCAGCGAAAUCACCCCCGGCUAAACAGCCGCUGGUUGCAGAUAAGGGACGACCUGCUGACGAUCACAAGCCUGACACUGAUCGACUCCCAAAGAAGCUCAAGGCAGAUCCAUCGGCUGGUGCAGGAGGCCUAGCGAGCCAGACGAACGCUGCUGCAGCGAGGCCAGUGGUGGCCCCUACAGCUGCAGCGGGAUCGGGACCAGUGGAGGUGGAGUCAUGGCCGCAGAAGUACGCUCCCAAGAGCACAGCAGAUAUCAUCGCUAACCAAGGCCUGGUGAAGCAGCUGCAUGACUGGCUGGCAGGCUGGGAGGCGAGGCAUCUGGGACAAGGAGGGGCCAAGAAGGGCAAGAAGGGUGGGAAGGGCGGGGCAGGUGGAGGAGGGGCGGCAGGGGGGGACAUGAACAAGAAGGCAGUGCUGCUCAGUGGAGGGCCGGGCAUUGGCAAGACCACUACAGCUCGCCUUGUCUGUGCUGCUCUUGGCUUCUCGCCUCUCGAGGUGAACGCCAGUGACUCUCGAGGGAAGUCGGACUCCAAAAUCCGCAACGGCAUGGGUGGCGCCACGUCCAACACCAUCAAGGAGAUGAUCUCCAACACCACCCUCCGCUUCUCCCCCGUCCCCACCACCACCAAGGGCAAGCAACAGCAGCAGCAGCAAGUGGAUCGAGCUGCGCUGAUCAUGGAUGAGGUGGACGGCAUGUCAGGGGGCGACAGGGGGGGCGUGGCGCACCUGAUAGCGAGCAUCAAGGAGAGUCGUGUGCCCAUCAUCUGCAUCUGCAAUGACCGCUACAGUCAGAAGCUCAAGAGCCUCGUCAAUCACUGCCUGCUCCUCAACUACAGGAAGCCCACCAGACAACAGAUGGCCAAGAGAUUGCGGCAGGUGGCGAACGCUGAGAAGAUCCAAAUCGCCGAUAAUGCCCUGGAGGAGCUAGCAGAGCGCACGGGGGGGGACAUGCGGCUGGCGCUGAACCAGCUGCAGUACAUGGCGCUGAGCUGCCGGCAGCUGUCGUACCAGGAGGUGAAGCAGCGCAUGCAGGCCAACGCCAAGGACGAGGACAUCCGCCCCAUGGCCGCUGCCGACACGCUGAUGGGGUAUGGAGCGCGUGGCAAGAGGUUGGACAUUCUCGUUGAUGCAGCCAUGUCAGACAUCGACCUCAUGCCGCUCUUCAUCCAGGAGAAUUACCUGAACCACGUGCCUGGCAACGACCCCUCGUCUCCUCACCUGCUUGCUCGUCUCUCCCAAGCGGCCGAUGCCAUCUCCAGCGGGGACCUGGUGAACGUGCAAGUGCGCAGAUACCAGCAGUGGCAGCACCUGCAGUUCGCUGCUGUCAUGUCCUGCAUCACACCGGGCUUGAUGGUCUCUGGGCGAAGGGUCACUCUUCUAGAGGGCGAGCGGAACUUCAAUCGCUUCCCAGGCUGGCUGGGGAAGAACUCUUCCAUGGGCAAGAACUACCGCUUGCUGGAUGACCUGCACCAGCACCUCCUCUCCUCCCAUCUGCUCCCCAACCCAUCAAGGCAAGUGGUUCGCCUUGACUACUUGGAGCCCCUUGUCUCCUCCCUUACACAGCCUCUGCACAAACACGCACAGGAUGGGGUGGACACUGUGGUAGAGGAGAUGCUGGAGUAUGGCCUCACACUUGACGACCUUGACACUGCCGUGGAGCUCUCACACUUCAAGGGUCGAUCUGGUCCUAUGGAGGGUGUGCCAGCGCCAGUGAAGGCUCGGCUGACACGGGAAUUCAAGAAGGAGCAGCAGGCACACAAGGCCAAGUGUGCUGCCACCCUGCCGCCUCUCCAGCUGCCAGGGGGGCGUGGGAAGGCAGGUGGUCGAAGCAAGGUGGCUAAGCCGCCGGGUGGAGGAGGUGUGGAUGAGGCUUCUCUUUUGCAGGCUGACACUGAUCUUCCUGUGGCUGUUGAUGAAGUUGGAACACUGCAAGAAGACGAUGAUGCAGCGGAGGAUGCAAGCAGUGAGCAUGAUGAAGACGAUGAAGGUACUUGCAACCGUGCAAUCAGCUCCAAGGAGAAGCCCACUCUCGGUGGCACGCGGAUCAAGACCCGCAAAAGGAAUAUUGCGGUUCCUUUAGAUCCGACCAGCUUUGCAGAUGCGAUCGUCCACAUCUACACGGAUCACCAGGGGGAUUUGGAGCUUAUAGCGAAGGAUAUCGACUCUUCCGAACUCGAUUUUUCUCGAUAUGGGGAGACAUUCUUCGAGGUAUUACCUCUUAAACCCCUGCAUCCCGUCUACGCAGUCGAAAGUUACCUGGGUCGCAUUCUUAGUCAUAAUGUUUUUCUUUUAUCUUCUCCGCAGGUGGUCCUUAGCGGCGGUCGUAUGCAGCCUGGCACAACCAAGCCAGAGGAGGGGGCAGAGCGGCAGCCGUGGAAUGUGCUCAGUUCUCCACCCACAAGGGAGGGGGUUCUCAAACAUGUCCUUUUCAUCCAGAAGAUUCUGCGACGCCGUCCGUUCAUGAUCAAGUCCUUGGAGAACGUGCUGCGCCGCUGGGUGCAGUCUCUGGAAAUGUAUGAGCCUGAAGAGAGGAAGCGCCUUGCUGUGUUGACAGCCCUCUGCUUCUCACAGCGGUUUACUGGCCUGGCACCUGAUGUCAUUUUCAUAGCCCUCCUUAAUGACACGCUUGUUACUAAAGGCACCUCGCUCGGCUUCAUUACGGACUUCUUCCAUGUCUAUCUGGUGGAGACCAACAUGGAUGACCUUGUGGGUCUGCUCAAGAAAGGGAAAGUCGAUCAGCGGCUGAUCGAGUUCAUGCCCUCUCAGAAGCGGACUCCAGACGCAUUUUCACAACACUUCAGCAACGAGGGCCUGAAGGCGUUGGCGGACUACCAGAAGAAGGUGGUGUUUGAUGUGAAGCUGAAGGAGCUGCACACAGGCCUCGCUGACAUGAUUGAGGAAGAGCAUACAGAUGUGGGUGAUGUGAUCGACAUGGUCAAGCAGAAAAAGAAGGAGGGCGGCCUGGCGGAUGGUGAUGUUGUUCGCACAGUUUGGGAUGCAGUUAUGGGCGCUGUGCAGUGGUCAGGCAAAAAUGUGCAACAGAAUUCUAAUACAGCCUUGCGACAGCUCAAAUCCUGGGCAAAGCUAUUGGAGGCAGUGUGCUCGUCUGCCAAAAUGGAGCUAGAGCUGCUUUACCACAUUCAGUUGCAGUGUUAUGAGGAUGCUAAGAUCCAGCGCCUCUUUCCCGAGUUCGUCAGAACCCUCUACGAUUGUGAUGUCCUCGCAGAGGACACCAUCAUGCUUUGGUUCCGCAAGGGUUCCAAUCCAAAAGGAAGGCAGCUGUUUGUUAAGGCACUUGAGCCUUUCAUCAAAUGGUUGGAAGAAGCAGAUGAAGAAGACUGA